UUGUGAAAAACAAAUAUUUUGAAGAUAUAUAAAAAUUUUUGAGAGUCUGUAAAGAAAGUGUGAUCAAAAAGCACAUAGAAUCUGAAUGCUUAUAAUAACAAGAAUACAAAUAAUUGAGAAAGACCACUUUUGAACUUAUAAUGGAUUCACAAUUGUGUCACAGAAAAUAACUUUGUUUAAAAGAAUAGUAAGCACUGAAUUUUUUUACUAUUGCACACUAGCCCAAGUUUGACAGUUGGCUUUUGAACAAAUAAAAUUUAUUUUAAACUUUUUGAAUGGACACUGUUUGAUUUCUCAGAUAAGUUCAUUCAGAAUUAUUAACAUAUUAAAAAAAAAAUGAGCUUAAAAUGUAAUGUACCGGGUUGCAAAAACACAAAUAGGAAAUCUUCGGAAUGGUUUUAUGAAGGUAGAUUCGUCCGAUAUCCAGCCAAUGAAGAGCUACAGCAGAAAUGGUGCGAAUCCCUUCAAGUAACAAGCGGCUACGUUUGUGGUGUACAUUUCGAAGAAAGUGCGUGGCGUCUUAUAGAUGUGAUCAUGGAAACACCGCUUUCAAAACGCAGACUUAAGCCAGGUGCAGUACCAACUUUGCCCUCUGCAACUAACCAAGAAAGUGACGCUGAUGAUUGUGCGGAAACGCUAAGAGAAGAAUUGUUAAAGAGUCUUCUAAAGAAUCCUAAGAAAACGCGCAAUGUUGAUAACAAGCAAAAACCUUUGCAAAAUGAAUUAAUGAAAGUUGAUGCAAAUGUUGAAAGUUUACCUACUAAUAUUACUCAACCACAGUCCAACAUCUGCGUAGCUGAUAGGGUAGAGACUGUACAGGAUCGCUUUAUUCUGGUUAAUACAAAUGUUAGUAAUUUAUUCACUGAUGUUACACAAUCAUACUCCAACACUUGCGGACCGGAAACUGCACAGACGAGGUUAAUGCAAGUUGAUAUAAAUGUUGAAAAUUUAUCAACUGAUGUUACUCAACCACAGUCCAAUACUUGCCCUCUUGAUAAAAUUGAAACUGUGAAGAAUUGGUUAAAUCAAGUUAACACAAAUGUUGCAAACUCAGCUACUGAUGUUACUCAAUCACAGUUUGAUAUUCUAGGGACAGAACUGAAAUAUGGCGAAGUGGUUUUUAAUAACAUCGAGAAUAAACUUAUUAUUUGCUGUAAAUUUUGCGUGGAGAAGUAUCAAAGCCUAGAAGACUUUAUGGAACACAUAAAGUCGGAACAUAUUCAAGUUCAAAACAAUGCAAAAUUGGACACUGAUAGUGAAAAAUUAUUUGGUAAUAAUUUGUGUGAUGAGGAAGCGUUACAAAGUGCUGCCGAUAUCUCUCCUUUUGAUGUGCGGGAUACAUCAAAUAACGAGUCUCUGUUAAUAAACCUAAUAGAAUUGUAUGAAAAUCAACCAAGUCUUUGGAACAUUAACCAUGAAAACUAUUUUGAACAAUUCAUGCACACACAGGAUUUGGAGCAGUUAUACGAAAAAGUUGUUGUGGAUCUGCAGGAACUACAUCUUAACACAAUUGACGAAUUGGCAAUGCAAUUAACAAAAUUCAAUAAUUGGUUCAGCGCAUUAGAAUAUAUACGCUUACAAUGUCAGCAGGACAAGAAGGUUUUUUAUUGUAAAUACCCUAAUCUCUAUGAAGCGUUAACAUUUCUACGUGGGCAUGUUUUACCUUAUCAAUGUACAUUAUGUCAAGUUGUUUUCAAAACCAAAAGUAAACUUCUUAAACACUUGAAUAAUAAUCAGAGAUGUUCAAAUCGUCUCCAAGGUGUUGUUUAUGAGUGCCAGUAUUGCAAUAAGCGAUUUGCUGAGCAAAGACAAAUCAACUGCCAUGAACGUCAACACACAAAUGAGCGACCGUAUCAGUGCACAAUUUGUAGAAUUACUUUCAGAAAUUAUUCAACGCUUUAUCGUCACAAGCAACGUACACAUUUGAGACAAAAACCAUAUCAAUGCUCUAAUUGCAGGCGUACUUUUUAUACAAAUGGUGCGCUAUUGCAGCAUCAAAAUCUACACUAUGGUAUACGCAACGCAGUGUGUGAAGUAUGUGGACGUAGAUACUUAUCGAAUAGGUAUUUAAAUCGUCAUAUUAAAGCUUUUCAUACAAAACAUUCAACAAACAAGUUUAUGCACAUCAACAGUACUGUUGUCUCAACAACUCGACGUAACUAUGUGUCCACAAUUGUUCAAAAUAAGCAAUCCUUCAACUAAACUGUAAAGUUUUAAAACAAAACCAAAAGCCUGAACCAAGUGAUACGCAACUAACUUACAAAGCGCUGUAUGUAAUACGAACCAAAAAACUAAAAAAAAUAUCAUCUUAACCAUAGAGUAUUAAUACCCAAAAUAUUGUCAAAAAAUUGACAUAAUUUUGGUUUUGUAUUUUUUUAUAUUUUUAAGCCAGGCUUAAGGAAAAAA